AUGGAAGACUCAACAAUGUCACACAUAUUCGAUGUAUACCACAUCGACGAUAUCAAAUCAAACAGCUAUUCUAACAAACGACAUUUACCCUAUCAGAUCAGUAAACACCGAUGAGAUUCCAAUAGUCUUGUUCCAAUUGUUGACGCAAAUUUUAGUUAUAAUCAGCAAAUCGAUGUAGCUGUUGUCAACUACCAGUCGGAAACGAUCGGAACUCUGCUAGAUAAUGGCAAUAAAAGCUACCUUCAGGAAAUUAAAUAUACAACUGACUUUACUCAUCAUCCAUUCAUGGCUCGAGAUGGUAACAGUAUUUUUCAUUUGUCAGUUAAGAUUGUAGCUGGUACUUUCAAGAGAUCAUCUUACGUUCUCACAAAUGAUUUCAAUAAUGGCCAUCAAUUAGAUAUUGAUACACUCAGUAAUACUGGAAAUAGCGCAAAAGUAUUACUUAACAAUGAUUUUGGAUACUUUAAUGUCUCGCAUUCAUUUAAUGUCAAUGAUUUUGAUUAUGAUCAUCAGGUAGAUUUGGUCGUUAUCAGCCAACAAAAAAAAAUAAUAACUUCAACGUCUCUAUCUGAAAUAGCAAUGACACUUUUCGAACGCAAACAACGUACUCAAGAGGAACGUUUAGUUAUCUGA